AUGGUCAAAGACGUGAAACCGGCAGGAACGUGGACGAGCGCUGCAGCGACAUAUGAGAAUGUCCGUCGCUCACUGCGUCCACUUCAACAGGCUCCCAAUGCUACUCCUCUGGUGACAAAGCAAUCCGUGUAUCGCCAUACGAGAAGCCAAACUGUCGAUAACCCGCAUUAUUGGAAGGAGAAUCGUCCCGGAACUCCCGAGUCGCACCUUGCACAUAACCUGGAGAGUGAUCCACCACGCGACAAACAGUCUCUCAAUUCCCAAACUCCACCACGAAAGAACUCACUGCAACCGGAGUCUCCCCUCGGCGUUUCGCCCCAUUCUCGACCACAUGUGCGGCCGCACCAUUCCCACAGCUUGUCUAACCCGCAUCCACCGCCGCUGACAACCACCCUGUCGACUCCCGAACUGGAAACCUUCAAAAAGUCAUCGACAGGCCAUCUGCGGACUCUGUCCAAGUUUGCCAAAUCUGGGGACACUGAAGAGUUCGCCCUUGAGACUUAUAGUCCUUCUGUUGUGGGGCUGCAGGGACGACGGCGGUUGAGGCGUGCAGACUCGGUUGCUCAUCCACAGGGUCCCGGCGCCGGUCGAAGGCAGAAUGCCUCAGCGUGGGCCGCUGGGAAUUGGAUGGACAAGCAACGUCAAUUCUUACAGGCGUACGAGUAUCUGUGCCAUAUCGGAGAGGCCAAGGAAUGGAUUGAAGAGAUUAUCCACAAACAGAUCCCGCCCAUUGUCCAACUGGAAGAAGCUCUCCGAGACGGCGUAACUCUGGCCGAGGUUGUGCAGGCAAUGUAUCCCAGUCGUACAUGUCGAAUCUUCAGAAACCCCAGGUUGCAGUAUCGGCACUCUGACAAUAUUGCUUUGUUCUUUCGAUUCUUGGACGAAGUCGAACUACCCGAGCUGUUUAGAUUCGAACUCAUCGACUUGUACGAGAAGAAAAAUAUCCCAAAGGUCAUCCACUGCAUACAUGCAUUAUCAUGGUUGCUGUUCAAAAAGGGCUUGGUGGAUUUCCGAAUGGGAAACCUGGUUGGUCAACUCGAGUUUGAGCAUCACGAACUGGAACAAACGCAAAAAGGUCUCGACAAGGCCGGUGUCAGCAUGCCGAGCUUCUCGGGAAUGGCUGCGAAUUUCGGCGCAGAACCCGAGCCAGAGCCAGAACCCGAACCCGAAUCGGAAGAAGAACGGAUUGAGCGGGAACUGCAUGAAAAUGAAUCCUCGAUUAUCGACUUCCAGGCUCAGAUCAAGGGAGCGAUGCUGCGUCUCAAGCUUGGGAAUGUUAUGAACGAGCUGUGGGACUUUGAACCGUUCCUCAUCGAUUUGCAGUCGCGAUUGCGCGGCGACUGGGCUCGUCAAGUCAUUCAAUAUCGGUUGAACAUGCGCCUGUUUGCAGUCGGAUUGCAAGCAAUCUGCCGGGGGUUUAUUGUGCGAAACCGUCAACGGGGAGAUAAGGAAUGGUGUCAAGCCCAGGAGUUCGACGUUCUACAGCUGCAAACGCUCAUCAGAGGUGCGAAAGCGAGGACUGCAGCCCAAUAUCUCCGCGGUCAGGUACGCAAUGAGGAAUCCGGUAUCAAGCGAAUUCAGGCGGCUAUUAGGGGAGCGCUGCAGCGAAAAACCGUUUGCGAUCUAUACGAAGACGCCAUUGCCGCAGAAGGCCAAAUUACUUCUCUCCAAGCGGCCAUCCGUGGCGCUUUGCAGCGAAGUGUGAUCUCCAAGCAGUGCGAUGAAACACGAGGUGCCGAAGAUGGCAUUGCGCGACUCCAGUCCUUGAUUCGAGGUACCUUCCUGAGGCAGCAGAUGAACGUCCAGCAUAACGAGCUCAAUGAUACACAGAGCCACGCAGAAUCGCUGCAAGCCGCUAUUCGAGGAAUGCUAGCUCGUAACAGUGUUGCUCAACUUCGCGAAUCACUCGCAAAGGAGACAACCGCUGUCACCUUCAUCCAGGCAGCUGCGAGAGCACUCGCUGCUCGGAGACGCCAUUCUCAGCUGGUUGAAGCACUUGCCAAGACAAAGGAUAGUUGCAUCUCGUUGCAGGCUUCCAUCCGUGGUGGAGCUGUGCGAGCAAAUCUCAACUCGCUUCGGCAGGAAUUGGGACAGUUUUCCUUGCCAUUUAUAGAGAUCCAGAGUAUCCUGCGAGGCAUGCGUGUGCGGGACUUUCUGGAGUUGCAGAGAAUCGCCUUGUUGCAAGAGGAGGAAACGAUACUCGAAGUGCAGUCUUUAGCUCGAGGUGUCUUGCUGAGGAGACGCCUGGAAGCAGAUGCGGAGGCGCUUCGGGCCCAGGAAGACAUGAUUGUGGAAUUGCAGGCCCUUGCUCGCGCCGCUAUUCUUAGAAUCGAGGUUGGAGGUAUCCUUGAUCAGCUAGAGGAUUGCGAGGAUGAGGUUAGUCAGCUACAAGCGCACAUACGCGCAAUGCUCAUCCGGGUCGAGGUUGGUCAGACUCUGGCCGAUCUUGCGGCCGAAGAAGACAUCAUCACUGAUCUUCAAUCGCGCAUCCGGGGACACAUCAUCCGGUCCAGGUUUGAAGAAAAACGGCAGUAUUAUCGGGCGAACAUGGAAAAAGUGAUCAAAGCCCAAAGCGUGAUACGAGGUAGAAUCCAGGGCCAGGCCUACAAGAGUCUCACAACCGGAAAGAAUCCACCAGUCAACACCGUCAAAGGAUUUGUACAUCUGCUUAACGACAGUGAAUUUGACUUCGAUGAGGAGAUUGAAUUCGAGCGACUUCGAAAGCUAGUCGUGCAACAGGUCCGGCAAAAUGAACUGGCGGAACAAUACAUCAGCCAACUGGAUAUUAAGAUUGCACUCCUGGUGAAGAACAAAAUUACCUUGGAUGAAGUUGUCAAGCACCAGAAGCACUUUGGCGGUCAUGUUGGCAGUCUCUUGUCUAAUGCCGAUAUCGCAUCGAAGGAUCCCUUUGACCUCAAAGCCUUGAAUAAGACAUCAAGGAGGAAGUUAGAGCACUACCAAGUCUUAUUCUUCCUCCUGCAGACACACUCCCAGUAUCUCGCCAAGUUGUUCCGCAGGCUUCGUGAGCUCAACACACCGGAGAAGGAAUACGAGAGGAUCAGACACUUGAUGAUGGGGCUCUUCGGGUACUCCCAAAAGAGGCGCGAGGAGUACUAUCUCAUCAAGUUGCUGUCCCGCGCAGCUCGGGAGGAGAUUGAAAGUUUCGACUCACUGCAUGAUUACCUGCGCUGCAACUCGUUCUGGACCAAACUGUUCGCAUCGUAUAUCAAGUCACCCCGAGACCGGAAAUUUAUGCGCGACGUCCUCGGCCCUGUCGUCAGGGAGAAUGUCGUUGAUAAUGCAGAACUCGACCUUGAAAGUGACCCAAUACAGAUCUAUCGCUCGGCCAUCAACAACGAAGAACUACGUACUGGCAGACAAAGUCGGCGGCCGCUGGACAUCCCACGUGAAGAGGCCAUCAGAGACCCCGAAACAAGAGCAACUUUCAUCCAGAAUCUGCAAGACCUCCGGGACAUUGCAGAUCAAUUCUUCUCGGCGUUCGAGGAACUUCUCUAUCGCAUGCCAUUUGGAAUCCGCUACAUUGCGCAGCAGAUGUACGAAUGUCUUCUCUCUCGCUUCUCAGGCGAAGACCCUGGUUUUAUUUUGCAGACCGUCGGCCACUGGGUGUGGAGGAACUACUUCCAGCCUGCUAUGAUUGAGCCCGAGAAAUAUGGAGUCAUGGAUCGUGGUCUCACACAAGAGCAGAAGAGGAAUUUGUCGGAGAUAGCAAAGGUAGUUGCUCAAGUCGCCUCGGGUAGAUUGUUUGGUACCGAAAAUGUCUACUUGCAGCCAUUGAACAGCUAUGUUGCCGACUCGAUCCAACGACUCGGCCACAUUUGGGGUGACAUGAUCACAGUACAAGAUGCAGAGAUGUAUUUCGACAUCGAUGAGUUCAAUGAUUUGUAUGCGAAGACUAAGCCGACACUGUACAUCAAAAUGGCCGACAUCUUCUCCAUUCAUCAGCUUGUCGCUUCAGAAAUCAACUACAUCUGCCCACACCCCGACGAUAUUCUGAGAGAGAUUGUUCGCGAUCUUGGAAAUGUCAAGACCAAUGAGAAUGAGUUGAUGAGUGUCAAUUCGUCGGAAAUCAAUUUGACGUUGAAUCCAAAGCUUGCACAAGUAGAAGAUCCCGAGGCAGAUAUCAAGGCUCUCUUCAUGGAAACGAAACGUUGCGUUCUCUAUAUCAUCCGAGUGCAGUCAGGUGCCAAUUUGAUGGAGAUUAUGGUCAAGCCUCCUACUCCGGAGGACGAGGAGCGAUGGAUGACGUUAGUUCGGGACGAGCUGACCGCCAAUACGAGUCAACGCAGUGCAUAUUCCGAGGCGAACACUCUGGUUGAUAUUGCGUCCAUGUCAUACUCCGAACUGAAGCGGACUGCGCUUGAGAACAUUCUCCAACUGGAGCACACCGGCAAGAUCCGCCGGGAUAAUCAUUACCAGGAUCUUCUCAACGCUAUUGCCAUUGACAUUCGGACCAAGCACAGACGCAGAAUCCAACGAGAGCGAGAGCUGGAAAGCGCACGGCUGACCCUGGGUCGCCUCAAUGAUCAAGCUGCUUGGCUGGAACAGCAGCUCAAGACUUACAAUGACUAUAUUGAGCAAGCCAUGAUCACUCUGCAGAACAAAAAGGGCAAGAAGCGAUUCCUACUGCCAUUCACCAAGCAGUGGGAUCACCAGCGUGAACUUCAGAAGUCUGGCAAAGUGUUCAAGUUUGGCUCCUACAAAUACUCGGCACGGAACCUUGCAGACAGAGGCGUUCUGGUGUAUUGGAAGGGCUACUCAGAGCGCCAGUGGGACCGUGUUGACUUGACAAUAUCCAGUAACGAAGUUGGCGUCUUCACGAUUGACGGCAGCAGUGGUCCUAUGAUGGUGCCCGGGGCCAACGCCCAGGUACCCCUGGACGACCUAUUGCAAGCGCAGUUCAACAACAUGCAGUUCAUGGACUUUUUUGACGGACACCUACGCGUCAACGUCAACCUCUUCUUGCACUUGAUCAUGAGAAAGUUCUACAACGAAUGA